AUGAUCCAAAGGGAUCAGGAUGCCAUCCAUGAAGAUCUGAACAAGCUGGAGAAAUGGGCUCACGGGAAUCUCAUGAGGUUUAACCGGUCAAGUGCUGGUUCAUGCCCUGACACCAGGGGCAGCGUCACUGGACCAACUUUACACUUCAAUGUUGAUGAGCUUGACUUCAGGGACAUCUCCUUUGGCUUUCCCUACACCCAACGCUGUCGCCUCACUAACAACUCCAUGAUGCCCGUGACGUUCAAGCUCCGCAUAUCAGACGAUGGCACGCAGCCGGCUGUUGACAGCAUUGAUCAAAUACGCCGCGACGGUGACCCAUCCUGGAGGAAGGGAAUUCAUUUUUAUAUGGAGCCAAGGGAGCUUACAAUGAAUCCCAGACAAGGGACCAUCCUUCCCCAGGGACACCAGGAUAUCGAGGUGACCCUGUGUUCCAACACUGUGAUGGAAUUCUACAGGAAAAUGCUGGUGGACCUGGAGGGUAUUGGCACAGAAGUCGCAUCACUGGUCAUCACAGCCAGAUGUCUCAUUCCUGACCUGCAAGUGUACCCUGAAAUCCUGUUCUACGAUGAGUGCCACCUGAAGGUGCCAUACGAGAGGAAGUUCCUUGUUGCAAAUAGCACCCAUCUUCCUGGCUGCUACGGGCUUAUUCCUCAGAAACGCAAGGAGAACUCUCCCGUGUUCUACUCCAGCCCCAAACCCUGUGGGAUUGUCCAGCCUCACAGCUUUGCAGAGAUCCCAGUUAUAAUCGAAGUCCAAACACUGGGCAAGCAUCGCACCAACGUUCUUAUCGGCGUGUUCGGGGAUGAGAGAAACCCACGGAGAGCAGAAUUACGGAGCUCUGAACAGCCGGCAGAAAUCUACCCAAGUCCAAGGCUGAUAGAGUUUGGCACGAUCCCAGUACUACGGCCUACUUCACGAAGCUUUGUCUUCUUCAACGAGGGUCUCGUCCCUACAGAAUUCAGAAUAGAGAUGGCUCGCAGACCCCACUGCGUUGUUACUGAACCCAGAGAAGGAGUGAUCCCUGCUGGGGGUGAGGUGUCUGUGACUGUCACAGCAACGCUGGAUGACACUGGGCUUUUUUCUGACACUGUCCAGCUGUUCACUGGGAACAGCCUUCGGACCGUCUGCGGGCUGGUGGCUUUGGGCACUGGCACCACAAUUGUCAUAGACAAGCCAUUCGCCCCGGAGCUCAACUUGGGAUACCAAUUCAGGUAG